AGAUAAACUUAAGAAACGAGGGUUUCCUUCUAAUAUCAACACUACUGCAUCUGGUUUCGAUCUAAAAGAUUUACAAUUAUUAAAAGUGGACUUUCAACCAACCCCAUUUAAAAGCGAUAUCCUUCCUAAUGUAGAUGAAUACAUUCUUCCAAAUAUCGGUGAGAAAGAACUCUUAAACCCAAAAUUUAAUAUCGAAAACUUUAAGGAAAUUUCAGACCAUCAGGUUCAAGCAUUUUUAAUUGACUUACGUGAAAUUAUCAAGAAUUUACAUUCCGAUGAAG